AACGUACAAGUAAACCUCGCUUUCACUUCCCUCUCUCUCGCCUUCAGAGUCUCACUCUCGGUGUUUCAGAUCACCAAACGAACUCUCUCUCCGCCUGUACAUUCAUAUAUACACAAUUACAUAUGGAUUGCUUAGGGUUUAUCGAUCGCAUGUGUGAGCAUUGGCGCUGAAAGCGACGGUGAAUUGGCGUUUAAUCUUUCAAAAAAUUGCCAAGAUUCCACGCAUUAAUUUCAUCGCUCUCUGAAAAGGAAUGCAUUGAAUUCAGUUCUCUUUAUCCGAUUCUUUCCCAAUUGACAAUCGCUAUUGAUUCCAGUUCCCGUUAGCUCUCUCUAUCUUUCACACACGCGUCGUCUUUCCAUUGAGCUAAGAGUUAUAUUGGACAGUUGCUAAUACUGGUGUCACUGGAUGCAAAGAGAAUAAAGGAGCAAUGAGUUUUGAUUUGUUGGAUAUUAUACCUCGGGAUGUCAAAUUCAUAUUUGAAUCAAGGAAGCAAAGUACAAGCACUAUUCGUCUAGCCAAUAAGUCUGACAAGGAUGUUGCUUUUAAGGUCAAGACUACAAAUCCGAAGAAAUAUUCUGUCCGACCAAAUGCGGGGGUCCUUAGUCCUAAGUCAUCUUGUGAUUUUACGAUAACUAUGCAAGCACAACGGGAGCCACCUCCUGAUAUGAUAUGCAAGGACAAGUUCUUAGUUCAAGGCGCAACUGUCCCUGAGGGGACUACAGAAGAGGAUAUUACCUCAGAGAUGUUUGCUAAAGAUGAUGGCAAAUAUGUGCAAGAGAACAAACUGAGGGUGAUCCUUGUCAAUCCAUCCGACUCACCAGUACUGUCACCAAUGAAUGGAGUGCACAGUCAUCAAGCAAGAAAUGUGUUUGCUGAUGAUGUCUUUGGCAGUGCAAAAUUCAGUGCACUUUCAGAAGAAAAUGGCAAGGAGUUGGUGGAUACAAAGCUUUUAGAGAGUAAAUCCAGGAAGGAUAUCGAAGAGCUGGAAUCUUUCAAGGAGGUGAUGAAGUCAAAACUUAAUGAACUUGAACUACAAUUAAGUGCGGCUGAAGCAACCAUUGCUAGGCUGACAGAGGAGAGAAAAGAGAUUGCUCGGGAGAGAGAGAGUUUACAACGAGAAUUGGCCAUAAUGACAAGUAAGAAGGUUGUCAAAAAAGUGCACGUUGGAUUUCCUUUGAUGUAUGUGGUGAUGGUUGCAGUCUUUAGUUUGACAAUUGGAUGCCUUUUACGUCGUUUAUAGAAGCAGCUAAUGCAAUGCCUAUAUUAGAGCGAACUUUUCAUCACUAUGUAGCUAGGUAUCUUCCAGUUCAGUUCCACAUAAAGUCCUGUCUACAUGAGGUGACAUUAUAUCUUUUUCCUGUAUUUCCAAGUGAGUGACUCUUUAUAACAUUUACCGUUGUAAAUACACUUUUGUCUAUAAUAAGCAUUGUAUAGCAAAUGUCCCCUUCAGUUGGGUAAUAUUGAGGCUUUACAGAUACAAUGGCAUGGCAUGGCAUGGCAUGGCUUUUACCUGUGUUUUGAUUGCGUGGUGGAUGGAUUGGAAGCCGAGUCACUCGUUGGUUUUGGUGGCAAAAUGGAAAUUGGAGCAAAAUAGAGAAUAGUGAUGAUAAAUUUGUCUGAUGAUGUCAGCGUGGGUUUUGAAGAGAAUAUUUAGGGGUUGAUGAUGAUUGAUUGUAUGAACUACUCCGUAGAACAUUAGGUUAUUUUGGUAAUGAAAAUUCUUCAUUUACACAA